AUGGAUCCUGAAUCGGGUUCAGCGCCGCAGGUCAGCUAUACCCCCAGCCAGGAUGGUUCUCAAUCCCUCGGGGUUAUGCAGCAGAUGAUCCAAGCCUUGCUCACGAGAUUAAAGACAUUGAUUGAUGCUUUCGGGCCUAAAGAUCAAUCGGUGGGUGUGGAGAAUCGGUUCUACUUCGAUGAGGCAGAGAAAGUCUGGAAACUGCGAGGUGGCGAGACGGAAGAAGAGCGGGCAGAGGCUGAAGCUUUCCGGUUCCACACCGGCAGAGGCCUGUCCAACAAUCUGGCUCCGGCAACGACGGCUUGCGAUGCGACACGGGGGGAUUGGCAGAGUGGUUUGCCACCGCCUCCGCCAGCCACAGGCCCUGUAAGCUCGUCGAUGCACGGCGGCGUGGAGCUGCCCUCACACGCAAUGCCGUCCCUGGCUCAUCCAGUCUAUGCUCCGCAAGGUCUGGGCCAGGCAAGUGCUCACGUGCCUCCUGUGCCUGCGAACUCCCGGCAGGAGGCAAGCAGUGCUCAACCGCUUGCAAAUCCCUUUGGACAAAUCUCGAAGCAGCCCCUUUCGACUCCUUUUGGUGUUGGGCAGCCGGCGGUCCAACGGCCCGUGCUGGCAUCUCCCUUUGCACCGGCACUGUAG